AUGUGGCAUGACAAAAAAUUCCUUAUUGGUGUGGGAAUAGGUGCUUCUGCCCUAACUUAUUUUGUGGUCGUUCGGUUAAGGAAACAUCUGUACAACUCUUCCUCUGAUUUGGUCCCUGUUGGAACAGUGAAAGAAUUGUAUAUAUAUCCAGUAAAAUCCUGCAAAGGAAUUAGUGUGUUCUCAUUCUAUUGCCACCCUCUGGGCCCAAUCUCUGGCGAACAUUUCGAUCGUUAUUUCGUGGUUGUCGAUGGAAAAAGCGGACGGUUUUACACAGCUCGUCAGAAACCCGUGAUGGUUACAAUUGAGUGCAAAAUUAAUGAUGGAAUUCUUACUGUGAGGAGAAAGGAUGGCACAAAGGUGACGGUCGACAUCGAGAAAGUUCGAAAGGAUAACAUAGUGAGAACAGCACUGCUUCAUUCCAAUCUUCGAACUGACGGUCUCGACUGCGGUGAAGAAGUCUCCAAAUUCUUUUCGGAAAUUCUUGACGAAACAGACGUUCGUCUUUUAAUGUAUAGCAAGGGAAUGUUCACUGAGAGGACAUGCAUAACUCAUCCGGAUUGGUGGAAUAACAACGUUCCAAAAAGAAAAGAUGACUGCGCCUACGCUGACCUGGCACCAUACAUGAUUACUACUCAGGGAUCUCUGGAAGACCUUAACUCCAAAUUGGAGUAUGAGGUAAGCAGCCUAAAUUUCCGUCCAGUUAUUGUGGUGGAUCACUGCACAGCAUGGGAUGAAGACAAAUGGAUUGACGUUCAAAUAGGCGACGUAAAACUGCAAUGCUUUAAACCAUGCACCAGAUGCGUGCUCACUACCGUCAAUCCUGAAACAGGAACUAAGGAUGGUGGAAUGCAACCGCUAAAAAAAUUACGAGAGUUUCGUCUUGCACCCGAGGGUCCUAUGCGGAAGCAGUUCAAGGAUUCGCCAAUUUUCGGGGUGAACGCCGGUGUUGAUCGGCCGGGUCACAUUCACGUUGGACAAACAGUUUAUGCGCGCUACAAGAAGUCCGCGUUUUGA